GCAUGCGAUCUGCGAAUAUUUUGAUCGUUGUCGCCUUCCUCAUCGGCGCGGUGAGCGCAGCCAGCAGCAACAGCACAGUCGGUGUCGAAGCGCCGACGAUAGUCUCCACGGUAUUUAAAUAUGACCCAAGCAAAGCCGCAGCAAUCGCGGCAGGCGUAUUGUACUCCGUCGCCAGCCUAUGCCUGUUCACCCGCUUAUUUAUGAAUAAGGCAUGGUGGGGACUUUGUCUCCCUAUAGCCUCAACCUUGAUGUCCGUUGGCUUUUUUAUGCGCAUACCCAUGGCGACGAACCCAAAUUCUCUCCCUAUUUUCAUGGCCCAACAACUCCUCACCUUGUUACCGCCUGCCGCAUACCUCGCCUUCAAUUACAUCCUUUAUGGGCGUUUCAUCGUGCAUUGUGUGGACAGACGCUACUCUUGGAUAAAACCAGAGAAAGUUGCCCGGUACUUCGUUGUCAGCGAUAUCACGACAUUCCUCAUACAGGGUGGAGGUGGCGGUCUAGAGGCGUCGAGAAAUACGACAAGUGCAAAGUUGGGCUCGGACAUACUACUCGCCGGAUUGAUUCUUCAGACAGUCUCAUUUGCGUUUUUUAUGAUACUGGUUGUCCAUGCAUGGCAUUGUAUCGUUCGCGACGGCCUUAUGUUCCGCAAGGAGCCGUGGGGGCAAAUUCUUUGGAUAUUGAUGUUUUCUUCAACAGCCUACAUGAUUCGCUGUAUCUACCGUGUCACUGAGCUUGGUCAAGGAAAUGGCGGCUAUCUCCUCACACAUGAAAUCUAUUUUUACCUUCUCGACUCCCUGCCACUGUUGAUUGGUAUUUGCACAUACAUCAUCUACUGGCCAACAAAGUAUCUCGAAGCGUCGGUCAAGCCUGUCUAUGAUACUGAAAUGACGGGACGGGUUUAGAGUUCUGUCGUCACUGCAAUAAUUCACUCGGGUGCGUGGACCGUACAUAAUACGCUCAUAAGGACACUGGACUAUAUAUGUUACAAUAAUCCGCUGCGAUGCAACAAUGUUCUGUAGAUCGGUUCCUUGACCGCACAAUAUACUACACACUUAUUAUA